AUGCCUCAGUCCUAUCAGACCCAAGCGGCCACUGAUGGAGAAAAGAAUCAAGAGCCCACGAUUGUCAUAGGCAUAGACUUUGGUACAACCUAUUCAGGCGUGGCCUGGACUACCUCAAGCCGACCCGGCCACAUCAAUAUAAUAACGAACUGGGAUGCCGUCAAGAAUUACUGUAGUGACAAAGAAAAGGUCCCGAGCGUCAUCCAUUACGACGAUAAAGGCGAGAUUUCUUGGGGUUACACUGUUCCGGAGAAAGCAUCUUCAUUCAAGUUCGAGUGGUUCAAGCUUUGUCUCUUGGACGAGGGCGACAUUCCCAAAGAUCUUCGCAAUGCAGCACAGAUUCAAGCUGCUCAAAAGUCUUUGAGGGACUCGAACAAACACGUCGAAGAUGUUAUCAGCGACUAUCUACGGGAGCUAUGGACACAUAGCAUCACGAACAUUAGGAGAGCCGUUGGUGGACAGUUGGUGGACAUUUCCAAGUUCAAGGUUGUUGUCACCAUUCCUGCUAUCUGGCCAAGCUAUGCUCAGGCUAGCAUGGUCCGGGCUAUAAAGAAGGCCGGCAUUCUGGAGUCUCGAAUUCCUGGCGAUACAGUCUUGAAGUUCAUUACGGAACCAGAAGCAGCUGCUUUGGCCACGAUAAACGACAUGUGCACGUAUAAUAGCCGGCCGAAUAUGGAGGUUGGAGACCACUUUAUUGUUUGCGACGCUGGUGGAGGUACUGUAGAUGUCAUCACUUACACCGUCAUCCAAACUGAUCCAAUUCGAGUCGAAGAAAGCGUCAAGGGAGACGGAAAGCUUUGCGGCGCUACCUUCUUGGAUGACUUGUUUCUAACGGCCCUUCGAAACAAAAUCAACAAAAUCUCUCCAAAUGCUUUCAAAGUACUUGAAGAAAGUGGAGGGUUGAACCGCAUUAUACAUAACGAUUGGGAGAAUGGCAUCAAACCUCAGUUUCGCAACACUAAUCAACACUGGUUGGUUCAGAUGCCGAGCAGCGGGUCGAACAGGAAAAGAACUCAUGAUCAAUUCCGCUUCUCAGAUAUCAAGUUUAAGGCCAAAGAUGUCCAGGGGAUCUUCACGCCAAUAGUGGCUGAAAUAGAGACCUUGAUAACUAUCCAAGCAUCAACUGUCAAGAUAAAGUACAAAAAGGAGCCCAAGUUCCUCGUCCUGGUCGGUGGAUUUGGCAGGCAGCUGUUUCUUUACACUCGGCUUCAAGACCUACUGAACCGAAAGAAGGGUCAAAAAGAGAAGACCGAAAUACUACAAGGCUUAGGCGCAGAACCUUGGACAGCAGUCUGUCGUGGGGCUGUAAUAAAGGGGCUCGAGCAGUCCGAGGAUACGACCGCGGCCACAGUAAGCUCCAGAAUAGCAAGGAUGAGUUACGGCAUGAUUUAUGAUGCUAUACUAUGGGAAGCGAACAAGCAUGAUCCACGGGAUAAACAAUGGAGUAACGUCCAUCGGCAAAAUCUAGCUAAGGGCCAAACAUCUUGGUUUUUACGCAUUGAUGAUAUUAUUUCUGUUGAUGAGCCAGUCGUUAAACAAUUUUGUCAUGACCUUACGGAACCGACCGAAAGUCUUACGAUCAGAUUCAUCUACUCAACCGCAACUACUCCAUCAAAGAGAUGCGAUGAGACAGUCAAGCAACUCUGCGAAUUGUACUGUUCAAGUGUCCCUGAUUUCUAUACCCUGCCUACUUGGAUCAAUCGUAUAGGAAAAGUCAUUAGGCGGGUUAGCUUUGAUGUCAAGAUGAUAUCAAACGGAGUAACUCUAGAUUUUGAGAUUAUUUACAACGGCCAAGUCAUGGCGUCAAAAAACUUCGGUAUCGACUAUACCGGCUGUGGUUCUACUGUGAACCAAUCACGGGAAGACUAUAAAUCGGAGGAAGACUCUGAAGACGAUUGA